AUGUGGGAGUUGGUCACGUGCCUUCCUGUUCUCGACGCGAGCGUCUCCCGACUUGGGAGCCACACAGGGCCGACCAUCUUUCUUCUAUUCAUGGCCUCUCGUUUGCCCUUCCAUUCAUUCGUCGUGUCGCAUCUGGGCCCAACGCAGCUCCCCUCUUCUCUCUGGGCUCACGGAGACAGCCUGCCUCUGAUACCUAGCGGGACGCAGGAGUCGGAUCGCGGCACAAACUCACUAGAGACAAUAUCUCCUGCGUCAUCAAGAGACCGUCCAACUCGUCCACAGCCUCAGCGUGCACAUAGUACAACAUCUGUCAGCGGGAAUAAGAUGAAAGACAGAGUGUUGAAUGCCAAUAUGACAGUAGACGAGCCAGGCAGAGUAGCGUUCCGGAGAACCUAUUCAAGCCAUUCUAUCAAGGUGGAGGUUGGACCGUCCAGUUUCCAGAAGAUAAAAAUGUUGGGCAGGGGCGAUGUAGGGAAGGUGUAUCUUGUGCGGGAAAAGAAGUCCGGAAAGCUCUUCGUGAUGAAGGUCUUGUCAAAAAAGUCCGAGCAGUAUCUCUACUUCUGUAUGGAGUACUGCAUGGGUGGGGAAUUCUCCCACGUGCUACAAUCCAGACCUGGCAAAUGUCUCUCCGAAGAUGCUGCACGAUUAUAUGCGGCAGAGAUAACUGCUGCUCUCGAGUACCUGCACUUGAUGGGGUUCAUCUGUCAAGAUCUCAAGCCAGAAAAUCGGGUGGGAGGAGUAGGGACCUCGACUGUAUCAGUCGUCGAACAUGACUGCGAGGUGCUUGGCGUUCCAGCCGCAAAUGAUAUCAUCACGGCAGGCCACGCUCUUUUUGUUGCUGUCGGCAUUGCAGGCGACGGGUGCACUCAACAGAACUUCGAGCGCAGCUGGGUGGUGACGAAGGCCACCGAGGACCUACAAUGUCGUCGAAAGAAUAUCUAG